AUGAAUGAUCAUGCAUGCAACAUUCUCUCUCCUCCCUCCCGUAAAACCGAUGGCUCGAUCUCCAUCUACGACGCCGAUCCCUUCGUGCUCCUCAAAACCGUCAAAAUUCACAGAAAAUCGAUCAAUUCGAUGUCCGUGCAUCCCUCGGGGAAGCUGGCGCUUACCGUAGGCCACGAUCAGUGCCUGGCGCUGGUCAAUUUGGUGCGAGGAAGGCGGAGCUUCUACUGCAAGCUCGGCAAGGAAGCGUCGCAUGUGCAUUUCAUUGAAAGCGGCGAGAAAUUUUCCAUGGUAGUCGACGAUAAAGUCAGUAUUCAUGAAUCCGAGGAUGCGAAGCUGAUUGUUGAGCUGGAUAAUACGAAGAAAGUCCUCUGUGCUGCUUCCGGCGCUAAUGGCAUGUUAUUUACUGGUGGAGAAGAUAGGAACAUCACGGCCUGGGAGACAGCCAGCGGGAAAUCGGCCUACACUAUUGGAAAUGCCCAUGCAGCUCGUGUCAAAGGCAUUGUUGUGUUAUCUAAGAGUAGUGCUGAUUCAGGGGCAGAGGAUCCUGAUCUAGUGGCAUCUGCGUCAUCUGAUGGGGUAAUACGCGUCUGGGACGUGAGGAUGGCUGUUGAAGGGAAACCAUUGAGUGAGGUUCAUACCAAAUCGAGGCUCACUUGCCUUGCCGGAUCAUCUAUCCGAUCUUUGAAACGACCGCGGAUUGAAGCGUUGAACACAAAUGGAAAUUUGGAUACAACUGUGGAAUCAUAG